CUCGCGUCGUAAUGGAUUUUAGAAAUAUGAUUUCGCAGACUCCUACGGGAAAACAAUUGUCGGAAUAUCAGCUAAAUUUGCUGAGUAAAAACAAUAUAGAAACCCUGUUCGAUUUCCACGAGACUGCCGAAAAGAAACUCCACGAAUUGUUGGCCAUCCCAAUGGAGUCUGUGCUGGAAAUUAAGAAGGAGCUGGCGGAACUUUCGCUGAGGCAAUCACAGGUGGAGGGCACUCCUGAAGUGGAGUAUGGCACGGGCAUUGAAAAAUUGGACAAGUUGCUGGACUCCGUGGAUCAGCCUUCUGCUUGGCUGGAUGUGGCUGUGUGGAUGGCCAUGUGACCCAGUUGGUGGUCGCAGAGCUAGUAUUUGGGCAAAGAAAGUGUGCAGGCGGCCAAAUAUGGCAGCCGAAGAGGUAGCCAGAGGCAAGUCCAAGUCGGACUUGUCCGAGUCUAGAAUAAAUGCUGAUAAUAUGGCCAGUUGGGCCAGUUACUCUUUGGAAGCAGUAUAAA